CCUCGAUGCCCGAUGACACCUGAGAUAGGCACAGGCUCCCCGUGACCCGAGAAGUUCGGAUAAGCGGUAGGGAAUGAGUGAAUGAAUGAAUCUCCACAGGCCAAAUUUCUCCACUAGAUUUACUAAAGCUUUGAUAGCACUGGUUUUAUUCACUAUGUAGUGCGAUCGGCAUUCAGUGGCAUCUACAAGACAACAUAAAAGGUUAAGAUAAAACUUCAAGAACUUGCAAAUGCUUUAAAAAAUCCAUAAUGGGACAGGUUAAUUCUCAAGAAAGACAGGUUUAGCAUAUGGUUCGUACACCAUGAUUUCUGGUUUUGGUGCUAGCUAGUAUGUCUUGGUAAGAAAGAUAAAGGCUGCAUGGAGAUUGCGUGUGAGCAAGGGUGUGAGUAUAAAAGGUUAUCGCAGGCCUUGUAACAAACAUUGCAAAACAUGGGGAAAAUAUUACGUAAGUAAGGAUGUUAGUGGGACGCCUGAGAACCGUCAUGACGAUCGAAAAACAAAAGACACAGAUCCAGACCCAGAGGUGUGGAGGAUGUCCAACUCGAGAUCAAUAAGAAAACAUCCACUGCUCUGUUGACACGAUCUGUUGUAGGUUUGUCCAUGACAUCAAGUCCAGAUUGUUCUGGAAGGUUCGAGGCUUAAACAAGAUCUUUCUCGAAGAUUCGAUUAAGUUGGGUUAACAUGGCAGCUGCAAUCUGCAGUAUUCCACAUCACUAGACAAAGGAAAACAGGAAUGUUUUGGGGGGGGGGACAAGGAAGGCGAGAGGAAUGUUGGAACAAUUGGUCACUAGGUCAAACUUCUCUUAAACACCCUCUAAAGGGUCUAUCGUUGUAACUCUUGACCUUGUGCGUCAUUUCUAAUCAUUCACACGUAAGGCAGCCUCGGCAUAUCUGAUCCCUGGGGUAGAACUUUGCUUUUCUGUUAAGUCCUGCCCCUCACAUUUGGCACUGAUCUGAGUAUGUCUUGCAAACAGGUAUCUACAUACUUAAACUUAUACUAGAUGAUCCUAAAGCUGCUCCCAAAUCAGCAGAAAGUGGUGUAGAUCAUUCAAACUAUGUGAAGCAUCCUGGCCAGACAGGGGCUGCUUUCACAAAUCGCUGCUAGAAUUUUCUUUCAACUACAAGGUCUCGUCAGUCCCCGGACAGUCAUGAUAAGGGUUUCCCAGCACUUCCGAAAGUGCUGUUCAUUUGACGUGUGAGUGCAGAACAACACUCAUCACUGUGGGACUGAUACUUUGGGAGCCACCACUUGAACAACCGAGCAACUGAUAGGGUUCUACAGACAUUUGGCAACAAGGCAUGGUAAAUCGUAUGUGAUAUUACAACAUACGUUGAUUUUAGAGGAUUAAGAAGAAAGUUUAAGACAGCACAAGUCAAACAGGAAAUACUUAACUCAAGGGUUUUGGGAUAAACAACUCGAAAUGGAAAUUGUGUGUUUGGUGCGACCCCUUGGCCUCGAUGACCCUUUAGAUUAAGAAAUAAUGUAAAUCUAUAUUCAAUAAAUGAUUUGGCAAAGACGUCAUGUUCAUGUUCGACGACUUCUGUCGUUCCACUGCGUCAGGGUCAGUCGAUGUUGUCUGUGAAGAUUCUUCUGUCUUCUUCAUCCUGUUCAUCUUCAGCUGACUUGUAUACACACUUAUUAUCCUUACACCGUACAGCGAUAUCGAAGCAGAAGUUCCUCACACCUCCUUUCGUUCGAAUGACCCUGUUUUGAUGAUUUGCAAACAAAUCAUUAUGAUUUCCAGUCAGAGAAAACAACAACAAGAAGUCUGUCUGAAAGAAAUGGUCGAUGAAAUGGUGGUUCAUCACUGGAACAACACCACCAGGAAAAAAAAAAAUAGUAGGCUCAAGUCUCUUCCCUGGCUCACCCACCCAAACAAAAAAACCCAGUUUUUGCUGGUAUCAGAACAAUGUUUACAAAGUCCUCAUUAAGGAAAGAAAGUAGAUAACGGCACAGACACACACACACACACACACACACACACACACACACACACACACACACACACACACACACACACUCACACACACGCACACACAGUGGGACCAUCAGCAGUGAAAAUGCAGAGCUUCCCAGCUUAUAGAUAAGGAGCUAAGAGAAAGCAAGAGAUAGGGAGUGAGAGAGAGGAAAACAGAGGAAGAAAAGAGAUGCCACAGUGAAACUCAAUGAAGCAGUCCUUCAAACCAAAGCCUGCAGACAACAGAGCCACAUCGAGGAUGUAAGGAGCAUUAAAAACCUGAAGUCUGGAAUAGGUGCACUACAAAACAGCAAACAUUGUCCCUCUACAUUUAGGAAAAGAUAGAGUUACCAGAUCAACAACAAGAAUCAACUCAUCUUGCUAAAAACCAGGAACCUCUUAAAAAAAAGCUUGGAUAUAGUGUUCUUCUUUCAAGGAUCUAGCAAGGAAGUCUAUCAAUUUCAUUCCCUAUUUGCAUGAAACUUUCUCCAUAUUGGAAAGUGAUUCCGGCUGAUUCAUGUUCCUUUACUCCUAACCAUGGCUGGUGUUAAAGGUUGCUCGACCACCUCCAUGCACUGCCUCGCUUUCCUCCUGAUCGUUACAUGGAUCUUGUCAGGGAAUGCAAGUCCUAUCAGUUCCCCAGAGAGGCACCGAACUGCUCCUGGGUUUGACGAUGGCCGUGGAGGGGUCGUGGAUCCUUCUCUUCUAGAGCAGGACAGUGAGGUAGAUAUGCAAAAUCUGCUAGAGACCCUGCGGGGACAGUUCCUCAGGACCUUCAACUUGUCAGGACACGGACCCCCCGUACAGCCUGGGGCACCCCGAGUACAGCCUCCGGAAUACAUGCUGGAAUUGUAUAACCGAUUCGCUAACGACAGAACAUCCAUGCCAUCUGCAAACAUCGUACGCAGCUUCAAAAAUGAAGAGUCCACACCAAGUGACAUGGGUCCCGAAGGUGUGAGGCGACACCCACUACUUUUCAACAUUUCCAUCCCGAAUCAUGAGCGGGUGAUGGCUGCAGAGCUCCGUCUCUACACCCUCGUCCAAACUGACAAGCAGCUGUAUGCUGGCGUUGACCGGACAGUGACUGUUUAUGAAGUGGUUCAGCGGAAUGACAGUUGGACUGAAGACGGAGAAGAGGAACAGUUGCAGCUAGUGGAAUUGGCAUCACGGCAGGUUUAUGGCAUGGACAAUGGCUGGGAGACUUUUGACAUGACUGUUGCCAUGCAAGACUGGCGCAGGUCCAACUCUGGUAACACCCACAGACUGGAGGUUCACAUUGCAAGUUUAAACUCACAGAAUGGGUCAGAAUUUGAAGGUCCUGCAACAGGUGGGGACAUGGAAAUUGAUACAAGUACAGAAGAAAGGCAUAAACCUCUGAUAAUUGUUUUCUCCAAUGACCAAAGCACAGAUCACAGAGGAGAAAAACAGGAGUUAAAUGAAAUGAUCAAGCAUGAAAUGCCUGGUACAGGUCAGAACGACAACUUGGAGAUGGAACUUAUGAAUCUCUGGGGGGAGCUAGGGAGACAAGAAGGACAAAGCAAAGAAGCGGAACCAGAUGAAGAAGCUCUCCUCCAGAUGCGCUCCAACCUCAUUUAUGACACAGCCUCCAGGAUUCGAAGGAAUGCAAAGGGCAACCAGUGCAAGAAGAGUUCCCUAUAUGUUGAUUUUAAGGACAUCGGAUGGGACUCUUGGAUCUUAGAACCUCAGGGUUAUGAGGCGUAUGAAUGCACAGGAGUCUGUACUUACCCCCUAACCAAACAUGUCACUCCAACCAAGCAUGCCAUUGUGCAGACUCUGGUCAGCCUUAAAAGCCCAAAGACUGUUUCCAGAGCUUGCUGUGUCCCGACAAAACUUGACCCCAUUUCACUUCUCUAUCUGGAUGAUGCAGGUGUGGUCACCUACCAGUACAAGUUUGAAGGCAUGGUGGUGGCAGAAUGUGGUUGCAGAUAGUCCUCAAAUAAUUUGGUGGGGAAUUUUUGUAAGUUUCGGUAAAGGACACUGAGAAAUGAAGACAUUUCUAUGUCUCGUAGGAAAAGAGACUGUAGUCCCAGGUAAACAUGAUAAAAUCAAGACAUAAGAAGUCCCACUGUAAAGGGGCUGUUCUUAACAUCAAGAACCUUUAAUAAGAGCUUUGAGAUCCGGUGAUCUUAUCAUAUUUAACUUUUUCAAAAGUGACAGCAGAAAAGAAAUAAGUAAAAAAAACACUAAAUAAACUAAAUAAACAUCUUCAAGAUGACUACAGCCAUAGUCAGAAAGAUGUCGGGGUGUUGCAUUGUAUUUUGACGUUUUCUGGGUGUGACCUUAACAACUCAAACCAAAGAUACACUCCUGACCUUUUUUGAUGGCAACUCCAUUUUAGGACAACAACGUUCUUUUAAUUAACAGGUCUCAGAAACAUAGAACGCUAGUUUUGAAGGGCCUAUGAACUCUAAGAAGAAAAAAAACCUGUAAGGCCGCUACGUCGAGGCUUGUUGAAACCGCCAGUAUCCAGUCUCUGUAGCAUUCUAUCUACAUCCUUCUCUGCCCUGUGUCAAUACACAGCUUCCUGCCUAACUGAAAGCAUUUGAUAAUAGCCAUCCAAGGCAAAGCAAUAUGGUUAUCUGGGAAGUCUUUGAGGAACGGAAAUGUGUGAAACUAACCAGAAUGAUCUAGCGUGAGAUGUUCUACCGGUCAAAGAGAAAAUAUUGAGCGGUAUUCCUGUUUUUGUUUUGCAUGGACACCCCUCUGGACAUUUUGGACAUGCAAAAUGGAUGGACCUUGUCCAGGUAUCCGAGAGCAAUCGCUAUUUAGAUGUUCCUAGGACAAUCUUCUGUUUAAUGCGCACAUGGUCAGACAGAUUUAUGUCUUUUAUAAUUCUAUUUAUGUUCUGCUUCUUUUAAUUGUUUGCAUCCUAUACCUUACCUCAACACUGUGUAGUCCGCAAAGCGACUUCGGAUCUGCAACUGUUCUAUCAGGUCUAAGAAAGGAGCAGAAAAACAGACGGGGAAGUCGGACGCUUUUUCCGACGUCCGAGGCACGGAAGACUGCAUCAUACAGUAUGAGUUCUGGUGGCUGUGAGGUAGAGGGGUAGAGGUUAUGGGGUUAUCUACACUAUGUUGCCUUGCAUGCCUUGAGAGCUAAGCUCCCAGGCUUUGAGCGGUCCGUGAUAAGAAGGUGUUGCGGUUGAAAAACAUGCAAGCAUCCAUUUCAAACUACAUCUGUCAAGAAUCCACCAGGCUGUUAUUUCAACUCCCUCACCCGCGAAGGAAUUAAUGUCUAUGGACACCGGUUCACAUUCCAUUCUUGCUAUUAUAUGAAAACAAUUCUGAACCGUGCAAUCGAACGGUGAGGUGGUGAACUUCAAGGGUAUGGCUUUGGUACUUUUAAUACGUACCUGUCGCCUGGCAAAAUCGAUAGACUAAAUACAGUAUACCUUUAAAAAACAAUACCUUUAAUACUUCCACUUAUUUAAGGGAUCUGUAUAUACAGGUAUAUAAUUAAGAUAUAUACCUUAAGUACCAAGGCUGUACCUUAAAUUAGAUCUAAAUAUAUUCUACAUUUAGAAAUUUAGUCCCAAUGGAUUGACAAGCCAUGGUACAGUUUGGUACCUUUCUCUAACUGUAAACUGCCCCAUCAAAUUCCUUCACAAAAAAAAGCCUUGAUAUGGUAUAUGGGAAAAAAAAACUUUAAAGAAACCAGUGCACCUACAUAUGUAUAGCUAACAUCUAUUUAAGACCGUACGCUAACCAGCAACACCAGUUCCACUCACUGCUGUUAAAUUUUUUUUAAGUGUUGAAUUAACAAGGACUUACGUGUUGCUUAUCGUCCACUCUGUUAAAUGUUUUCACUCAGUUUUGCAUCUCUUUAACUUAACACCCCUGUGAUAAAAGCAGACUUUCCGUCGACUUCCAUCGAGCUACAGAUACGGCUGACCAUCGAUUACGCAAAAUUCUGCUAACUUUACCAUCACCGAGCUCCUGAGAUAUGGACUUCCAUACUGCUGCUUUAUGUAAAAAAAAAAGCCUAUUUAUUGAAAAUUAAUUUAUUAAUUUUUAUUGUUUCAUGUAUGUAAGUAUGUAUAGCAAUAUAUGUAAAUAAAAAAAACAUUCUAUAUGUACA